AUGACAAGCCCUAUCAACGAGACCAUGAGAGCUUUGCAAUGCCUCCAGGCCAACUCAUUGGUUAUCAAGAAUGUCGCUGUCCCAUCGCCUGGACCAGGAGAACUACUCAUCAAGAUUCAUGCUACUAGCAUCAACCCAAGCGAUAUACUCAACGCCGCCGGCGGUUUCCCACAUACUAUCUUCCCUCGAAUUCCUGGUCGCGACUAUGCGGGAGUGGUUGUGGCCGGAUCUGAACAUUUGCUUCGACAAGAGGUUUUUGGCACAAGUGGACGUUCAUUCGGUUUCACAGAUGAUGGUGCACAUGCUGAAUUCUGCAUCGUCGCUGAGAACGCUAUAGCGCCAAAGCCAAGCAUUUUGUCAUUCGUGCAGGCUGCUACAAUAGGCGUACCCUACACGACAGCAUCCUUGAUGCUUCGGAGAGCCCAUGUACGUGCCCAAGAGACAGUACUGGUGCUUGGGGCUUCCGGCAAUGUUGGCGCGGCAGCUGUGCAGCUGGCCAAGGCUAGAGGGUGCAACAUUCUCACAGCCUCACGCAGCGACAUCACAGACAUCAAUCUUCGAUCUGAUCCCGAGCUUUUACGAGCACUAGAUCUCACUGGAGGGAAUGGUGUGGACGUGGUCCUUGACACUACAGGUGAUACUGGUCUGCUGGAGGCGGCUGUUAGAAUACUGGCUCACGGAGGGCGACUUUCUGUUGUAUCUGCUCCUCGCUCUGGCGAUACUGGUUUUACCUUCGACCUGAAACGCCUAUAUCGCAACGAGCAAUCAGUUUUUGGCAGCAACUCUCUCAGUAAUACGCCUAGUGAUAUGGCUGCUCUGUUGGGGAAUCUCGUACCUCUCUUCGUGAAUGGCCAACUGAAAGCACCAAACGAAGAGAAUUCAAAGAUAGUGAGCCUCGAUGAUGCACCGACCACGUACGAGGCAAUCAGGAAUGGUGCACGCGGAAAGUUCGUGAUUGAGCCAUUCUCUCAGGCGUUGGAAGUCCCAUCUGAGACCAUCUCAUCGCAAGGCCACAAUUCGAAACUAUACGUGCCAAUGUUCUGA